GUAAAAUACAGACGGCGUAGCUGAAACUCCUUUUUGUCAUUCAGUCUGUCAGUCAGCCUGGUGUCUGGGCUGUUUCAGCCUUGUAUUCGGAGGAAUGUUGUUAUUAUAUGACUGAUACAUAUGCUGUGACGACGAAGACCAGUGAAGAGGAGACACAACUGACAGAAAUUCUGUGAAGAUGAAAGCAGUGUUAAGAAAAUGGAGCCCGAGACUGAUGCACAUAUAAAAAAUGUUUCUCAAGCUCAUUCGAUUCAAGCGAUGGUUCAGCAUUUUCAGCCCAGCUACACUGCUCAGAGCGGCGGCAGUGUGGUCGCUCCUUCCUUCAUUGGGUCUAAUGUUGAAGGCAACAUUAAUAUCAACAUCAUCUCAACGGGCCAAGGCUGUAUUGUUUCAACAGAUGUACUGAACAAUAACAACACAGACGGCAGUGAUGCUCUGCAGCCUCAACUCACUAAGAUUACAGAAUGUCAGCAGAAACUGAAAGCUACUCUGAAGAGGAAGUUCAGUUAUUUACUUGAGGCGAUAUCGGCAGACGCAAACAAAGUUGCUCUCAAUAAAAUCUACACAGAACUUUACAUCACUGAGGGUGGAAGUGGCCAAGUCAAUAAUGAACAUGAGGUGAGACAAAUGGAGACGACACCCUGGGUUCAUGUGUCCAAAGAGAAAUCAAUCCACUGUAAGGACCUGUUUGCUCCUCUACCUGGACGAGAAAGCCAUGUAAGGACUGUGAUCACGAGAGGAUUCGCUGGCAUCGGAAAAACAGUUUCUGCCAAUAAAUUCACUCUCGACUGGGCAGAGGACAAAGCAAAUACAAAUCUAGACUUUGUAUUUCCUCUGGCUUUCCGAGAUCUGAAUUUGAUGACAAAGAAAACCUUAAGCCUAGUGAAGCUAAUCUCUAUAUUUUUCCCAGAUAUAAAUGAAACAGACAUCUUUACUAAUGAUAAAAACAAAAUGCUCUUCAUCCUGGACGGCCUGGACGAGAGUCGCCUUUCUUUGGACUUCAACAAAAGUGAAAUAAUGUCAGAUGUGACGCAGCCAAGCACAAUUGCCGUGCUUCUGGCCAACCUCAUCAGGGGAAGACUGCUUCCUUUGGCUCUCGUUUGGAUUACGUCACGGCCGGCGGCAUUCGGUCAGAUCCCUGUGGAAUAUGUUGAUCUUGUGACCGAGGUGCGGGGGUUCAACAAUCCGCAAAAAGACGAAUAUUUCAGAAGGAAAAUUAGUGAUGAGAGCUUAGCAAACCGUGUGAUCGCACAUGUAAAAUCCUGCAGGAGCCUUCACAUCAUGUGCCACAUACCAGUCUUCUGCGGGAUGGCUGCAAAAAUUCUUGAAAAGAAGUUGGCACAAGAAGACAGUAAUGACACGCCGAAGACUCUGACUCAGAUGUACAUACACUUCUUGUCCUUGCAUGAGGAGAACAUGAAGCACAGGCAACCAGGAAGACGAGAGUCAAAUGCAGACUCCGUGAGAACGGACCUCCUUUCUUUAGGUAAACUGGCUUUCAAAGAGCUGGAGAAGCGCCAGCUGAUCUUCUAUGAGAGGGACCUCAUAAUGAAUGGUAUAAAUGCCACACAGGCAUCUAUGUUUUCAGGAGUCUACACGCAGAUCUUCAAUGAGGAGUUGACACCGUGUAAGGAGAAGAUGUUCUCCUUUGUGCAUCUGACCGUUCAGGAAUUCUUUGCAGCGUUGUAUGUCUUCCUCAGUUUCCACAACAACAACGACAACGUCCUGGUAAAGAAGUCAUCUGCCACACGACGUUUCCUAUUUAGAGAAUCGUCAGAGCUCAUCCUCUACAAAGAAGCAGUAGAAAAGGCUUUACGGUGUGAAGAGGGACAUUUUGACAUCUUUCUGCGCUUCCUUUUGGGCCUGUCUAUGGAGUGCGAUCAGACUUCGUUGACACAUCUAAUGACCAACAACAGAACGCACCAAAGGACCAGACCUGAGAUAAUCAAACACAUAAAGGAGAGGAUCAGGGACACUACGUCCAUCGACAGGUGUCUCAAUCUCUUUCACUGCUUGAAUGAGCUGAACGACCACUCGCUGGUGGAGGAGAUUCAGAUUUACCUGAGCUCAGGCAGCCUGAACAAAGCCAGCCUUUCGCCUGCCCAGUGGAACACUCUGGUUUUUGUGUUGCUGACUUCAGAAGAAGAGUUGAGGGUGUUUGAACUGAGCAACUACAUCAAGUCAGAGGAGGGUCUUUGGAGGCUGCUGCCUGUUGUGAAAAGGGCCCACGUGGCAAAUCUAAACGCAUGUAAGCUCACUGUGACCUGCUGUCCAAUGCUGGCGAAUUGUAUCACUUCAUCACAAAUUAGAGUACUGGACUUGAGUGACAACAACCUAACAGAUGCAGGACUAAUGAAGCUCUCUGAUGGUCUGAAGAACAGCACACUGGAGACACUAAGACUGAGGAGCUGCAACCUAACAGAGCACAGCUCUGAUAGUCUUCAAUCAAUCAUCAGCUCUGCCUCUUGCAUGCUGAAAGUACUGGAUCUCCACGACAACGACUUUCAGGAUGAAGGAGUCAAAAAGUUCUCUGUUGGACUGGGGAGUCCUCACUGUAAACUGGAAGUACUCGACUUGUCCCUGUGCAGAGUGACUGAGGAGGGCUGCACUUUCCUGGCAUCUGCUUUGAACUCAUCCCGUCUGCGAAAACUCGACCUGAGCUACAAUCAUCCAGGAAACUCAGGUCUAAAGCUACUCACUGCUCUACUAGAGGACCCAAAAUGCAGUCUGGAGAAACUCAGCGUGGAGCAAUGCGGUGAAUCCAGGAUUCAGCCAGGUCCAAAGAAAUAUACCGACAAACUCACCCUGGACCCAGACACAGCACAUAGAGAUCUUUCUCUGUCCGAGGGAAACAGGAAAGCAAGGCGUUGGACCAAGCAGCCAUAUCCCGAUCACCCGGAAAGGUGUGACUACUGGACACAGGUGUUGUGUAAGGAGGGACAGACAGGACGUUGCUACUGGGAGACGGAGUGGAGCGGUAGAGCCCUCAUAGGGGUAGCCUACAGAAAGAUGUGCAGGAAAGGAGACGGUCAUGAGUGCUGGUUAGGCCGGAAUGAAUCCUCCUGGGGCUUGAAUUGCAACAAAGACGGCUACAGGAUCUUGCACGGAGGCACGAACACAGCUCUAACCACUACACACACCUCCAAUAAAAUAGGAGUCUACCUGGAUUGGUCAGCAGGGACACUGUCCUUCUACAGAGUCUCCCAUGAUGCACUGGUCCCCCUCCACACCUUCAACACCACAUUCACUGAGCCUGUGUACCCCGGGUUUCAUCUAGGCUGGGUGGACUCUACAGUGUAUUUGUGCUAAGUGUACUUUGUAGAAGUCACUCUUUGGGACCUCUGCUCCACUACAAUGCUGUAUUUCUGAGCCUUAUUUUAUAUACUUACAUUUGAAACUAUCAGCAUAUAAUUUUGUUUUAUAAUAAUGCAAAAUAUACAUAAAUCUUUUGAACAAGGAUUGUCUAAAGUCAGAUGUGUAGGGAUGAUAACGGUCCACCACUUUGGGUAGGAAUCAGCAUUUGAUGAAUAAUCCCUUAACAGUUUAUAUUAUGCUCCCUGGACCAUAAAAAUGUGAUCUUGACUGUCUUUUUUUAAUAGUUAUGCUUGUUACUGACAAGGAUGGUGCCCACCUCCAGUUUUAACUUAACUUUGUAUGUGGUGUUAAAUUAUAACACACAUUUUAAUAUCAAGGAAAGGCCCAGCCGAAUUAGUGGUGACUCAUAGAUUGUAGAUCUUUUACUGAUGUAAAUAAAACUAACAGUACCAAUUUGAAAAGACAAUCAUCUUUGGUAAAAUGAAAAACAAAAGUAAAAGCACAAAUCUUGAAUGAAUAAACGUAAUAAUUAAAAAAAAAAAA